AAUCAGAGUGAACGUUGGCUAAGCUCCUCCCCUUCACUUCCCGCAUUCUUGGCGUGAACUUCAAAACAGAUCUUGUUAGGAACCCAUGCUGGUGCAAACUGGAGUCCCUCCUGAACCCCUCAGAGUCCUCAAGCAUGGUCACUGAUACAAUAAAGUCGGAUGAGAGCUUUACUCCUAAGAAUAAGAAGAACAUCAAAAUAUGGUUCAGCCCAAAGAGUCGUAAAGUACGCUGUUGCAUUGAGAAACCUGUUGACUCAAACAAAUCAAAUGAAGUCCAAGAAAAGAAAGCUGGUAUGUCACCUUCUUUCAAAGACCUGUCCGUCUUCAACUUCACCUCUUCCUCCCAGGAGUCUGGGUCAUCCUCCCCUCCACGUGGAAAGGUAAAUAAGAAAAUAAAGAAAAGAAGGAUCAGCCAAGCUUGCAAACAAACCCGUGUUGGUCAAAGGCCAAAAACAUGGACUCAGACUAUGCAAGAAUGUAAGAGGCUAAAGCUGGAGGCUAUCAAUCAGCAGUGGGCCUUUGAAAAAGAGAAAGAGGGUUCUAUAGACAACAAGAAUGAAGAGGAUGAGAAAGUGAUCUCUGGAGAUGACAACCGGAGAUAUAGUAAGAAAGUUUCUUUUCAUUUUCCUCACAGCCAGCCUGAGGAAUCUCAUAUGGCUGUCCAUCAAGAACAGAAUCAAAUUCCCAGUCGUCAAAAAAGCAUUCCGAACAAUUUGGAAGUUGAAGGCAUUGAGAAGCAAAGCUCUGCAGCUUUGAGUUCACCAUGUUACGAUCAACAGGUAGAGUCAGUCACUGAUAUCCCACAUGAAUCCAAUGAAAACACUCCAGGGCCUCUUCAGCCUUCCCUUGCCAGAGUGUGUAAGAGAAACAGAGAGGAUCGGGACAGUGAUGAUCCACAGAGAAUGCCAAAACAACCCAGAACAACUUCAGGAUUGAAGAAGAGAUCAUUACGAGAAAGAGCUGCUUCAACUGAAGACUGCUCUCAGAGUCUGCGAACAUCCAGACCGUCUAAUGAGAAGCAAAACGUGAACCCAGUCACACCAGCUACCCCUGACCUCAGGAGGAAGUCUUCAAGUGUGAGACACAAACGGGCAAAUCCUGCUUACAUGAAGAGGAACCGCAAUGGAGAAACACCACUGCAUCUAGCUGCCAUAAAGGGUGAUGUGGAGGAGGUCCGUAAGCUCCUGGCUCAGGGAGCCGACCCCAACCUGAAGGAAAAUGCAGGCUGGACACCACUGCAUGAGGCUUGUAAUCUGGGUCACCUGGGAGUGGUGGAGGAACUGCUCCAGCAGGGGGCGCUGUUGAACACCCCGGGUUAUCAGAACGACUCUCCGCUGCACGACGCCGUGAGGAACGGUCAAAUAGCUACGGUCAAGCUUUUGGUUGAACGAGGCGCGUCUCAAAGUGUCCUGAAUAUCUUUGGCCUGCGGCCGGUAGAUUAUGCGCUGACUCCAGAAAUGCAGGAGGUCCUAAGAAUGGCCCCAGAGGCACCACAUCACAUAACAACCACCCUGAGCCCCACCGCCAGCCUCAGUAAGGCUGCAGGCUGUGUGCGAGAGACAGGUCCAGUGGUUGUGAUUGGCAGUCAGCUGACGCAGACUCAGCAGAAGCAGCUCACCAAAGCAGCUCAACUCCUUGGAGGGAAACAAGUGCAUUCCUUUUCUAGAGCAGUCACCCAUGUGGUUGUACCAGAUGCUCCCAUCAUGCCCUUUUCCCUGACCACACUACGGGGCGUCCUCAACGGCUGCUGGAUCCUCACUUUCAGCUGGGUGAGUUGUAGCCUUCAGGCAGGCAGCUGGGUCAGAGAGAGCGGGAACGAGGCAGGUGACGGACCCCUGCGUGCCCGAGUGAACAGAGGCAGCCUGCUCCCUCCCCUCUUUGAUGGCUGUUUCUUCUACAUGCUGGGGUCCUUCUGCAAGCCACUAAAACAUGAGCUCAUUCAGUUAGUGAAAGAAGGAGGUGGACAGCUUCUGAAUCGCCAGCCCAAACCUGACAGUGAUGUCACCCAAACCCUUGGCACAGCAGCCUACCAUGCCCAGACUGGUUCAGACCAGGUUCUCUGCACCCAGUAUAUUUUAUAUGAUCCACAGAGCUCCUACAAACCCCAGAAGGUCCGGGUAGGUAAAGUCUGGUCGGCUCCAACCACUUGGUUCCUGGACUGCAUAGCUGCCUUUCAACUCCUGCCAGUGCCGGAGCACUAAACCAUCUUAUUUGUGUAUUAUUAUGUUUCAGCUUCAUAACAUCAAAUAAAACCUUUUUUUUUCCUGC